AUGGAGUCUCUAAUUGCUGCAAAAGAUUUCUCUCCAAUUGAAGAUGCAGAAACUAUCAAGAACGCAUGCAAAGCUAGACUUACGCGACAAACAUUAUUUUUACUGUGUGCAGGAUUCGGGACAGAUGAGACCGCACUUAUAUCUAUACUAGCUAACCGAAAUGAAGCUCAAAGGAAACUUGUGAGGCUAGCUUAUAAAGAAAUCCAUCAUCAAGAUCUUAUCGAACAACUCAAAUCUGAACUUUCAGGAAACUUUGAGAGAGCCAUUUCCCACUGGACUAUGGAUGCAGCUGAAAGAGAUGCUACACUUAUUAAUGAGGCAUUAAAGAAGGCAACACCAGAUUACAAAGUGAUUAUUGAGAUUGCUUGCACUAGAAACUCGGAAGAGCUUUUGGCUAUAAAGCGCUCAUAUCAGUCUUUGUACAAGCAUUGCCUUGAAGAAGAUGUUGCUUCACAAACUAUUGGCGAUGUUCGCAAAUUGUUGGUUGCAGUUAUAAGCACUUACAAGUACGAUGGAGAAGAAUUUGACGAGAAUGUGGCUCAUUCUGAAGCAAACAUACUUCAUCAAUUGAUCGAAAAGAAAGCUUUUAAUGAUGAUGAAAUGAUUAGAAUUUUAAGCACAAGAAGUAAGAAGCAGCUAUGUGCAACUUUCAAUAUCAUUACGGACUUAUUUGGCACAACAAUUAACAAGGGGUUAUCAGCUACUCCAAGUGAUGAAUACAUCGGAGUUCUACGUACUACAGUUCGUUGCAUCAAUGACAGCCAAAGAUAUUUGGCCAAGGUGAUAAGUCACGCCUUGGGUGAUUUGGUAAAUGAAGAACAGGCUUUGACUCGUGUUAUCGUCACUCGUGCAGAGAAGGAUUUAAAGGAAAUCAAAGAUGUUUUUGCAAAGAGAAACAAUGCCACCAUUCAUGAGAUUGUGGAUAGGAAGACAUGGGGAAAUUACAAGGCGUUUCUCCUUGCAUUGUUGGGAAAGGAAUAACUUUGUGUCAAGUUUAGUAGAAUUUCACUAGAAUAAGUUUACUACUAUCUCUAAAAUUAAGAGAAAUACAAGAGAAUUUUCAACAGAAACAAAUAAUGUUAUUUGAACCAAUAAACUUGCUUAUUUUUAAUAUAGCUUAUCUACAUAUCCUU